CCCUUCCAAACGCACGCAAACCCUUCUUCUGUCUUGUUUUCUUAGUGCAUGGCAAUUUGGGGGUUUUCUUUGGAAUUAGGGCAUACGUUUUCGCUGAGUUGAUCCUCUCAAUCUGAAACAGUGGUGAAGAUGUAAUCCUAUCGAGAUUGUCGUUCGCGCACUCCUUGAUUGGUUGAUUGAUUGAUUAUUUGAUAGACAAGUGGUAACUGUAACUGUAAGAGUGUGCGGUGAGGAUAGGGUUUUGGCAUGAAGGGUGCGUUGGAUCGGACGAAGGUGGUGCUGCGUCACUUGCCGCCCUCUCUUUCUGAGGCCGCGCUUUUGGCCCAAAUUGAUGCCGCCUUCGCUGACCGCUACAACUGGUUUUCUUUCCGUCCUGGCAAAAUCAGCCAGAAGCAUAUAUCAUAUUCUAGAGCCUACAUUGACUUCAAGAGGCCAGAUGACGUUGUACUGUUUGCGGAGUUCUUUAAUGGACACGUCUUUGUGAAUGAAAAGGGAUCUCAGUUCAAAGUUAUUGUUGAAUAUGCUCCUUCCCAACGCGUUCCAAGACAGUGGUCUAAAAAGGAUGGUCGUGAUGGGACCAUAUAUAAAGAUUCUGAGUAUCUGGAGUUUCUUGAACUACUUUCCAAGCCUGUUGAGAAUCUUCCCAGCGCUGAGAUACAAUUGGAGAAGAGAGAAGCAGAACGAUCUGGUGCUGCAAAAGAUAUUCCUAUAAGUACACCACUGAUGGAUUUUGUGCGCCAGAAAAGAGCUGCCAAGGGACCUCGGAGGUCGUUAUCCAAUGGCAAAGUGAGUCGAAGAGGCACUUCAUCAAAUGGGAGUCCUAGUUCUGGCACAUCAAGACGAGGUUCCGGAAAGAAGAGGGUUUCUGCUACUAUGUACGUUGCCAGGCACCCAGGGAAAAAUGCUACUAUAAAAGACAGAUCAAUUUAUACUUUGGUUCCUAGCCAAGGUGAUCAGCAUAUUUCAAGUAAAGCUUCAAACAUGGCCCCUUCAGAUGGAAAACAAACCCUUGAUGAGAAUGGAGUUUCUGGAAAUAAUGAUGCUGGAAAAAAAAAAGUACUGCUUCUUAAAGGGAAAGAAAGAGAAAUAAUUGCUGUAUCCGAUUUAGAUAGCAUGUCACAGCAUCACAAUGUAACAUCUUCGGCCAAAGAAAUUGUUGGUGCAACAGUUUUAAAGCAGAAUCAGAGGCAUGAAGGUAGUGGAAGGAUUAUCAGAAGUAUACUUUCAAAAAAGGAGUUGCGUCAAAGCCAAUCUUCCAGGGCAGAGCAUCAAAUCCAAACAUCUAAUCUAGAAAAAGAAAAACAAUCCCCUCGGCCCGUACAUGUGCAACCAAUUCUGAAGGGCAUGAAUGGUAUAUCAGAGAAUAAGAUUGGUGUGCAUGAUUCACAUGUAUCUAGCGAGAGGCAGGAGAGACAUACUAGACAUAAAGAUAGACCAGAUCGUGGUGUUUGGACAAGUUCCAAUGGUGCUGAUGAGUCUGUCUCAUCUGCUGCUUCCUCACAAGUAGAUCCUUUUGAAGGAAGAAGCGCAGAUUUGAAACAUGACAUGCCAAAUGCAAGAAGUGGGGAGGUAAAAUCUCUUGGAGGUGUCCGUACCAGUCAUUCAUCAGAAAAUGGCUUCAAUAAGCAUUUUGGUCGCCGUGGACCAACACAUGGGGUAAAGGAUGUUGAUAGCUAUUCAGUUUCAAGUGACGGGAAGCAUCCUAGAAGAUCUGGUACCACUACUUAUGGUUCCAACGAGAAACAAGUUUGGGUUCAAAAAGCAAGUUCUGGUACCUAGAGUAUUUUUAUUGUGGUAAGCUUGCUGACAUACAGAUUUGGAGCAUCCAUUUGGUAGCUGCUGGAUUCUGUCUCUUUUUAGUUGACAGAUUCUUACAAGUAAAUGAGUGUGUGGUUAAAAAAAUUCUUUUACAAUACAAGAGAGGAGAGUACCGUGAUGCAUUUGAUUUGGCUAAAAAUAUUCAGACAUUACUUCAUUGAAGAUGGCUCCUGGUAAAAUCGAGAUGAGAACAAUGGCCUGGUGUCCAGUUACGAGUUGUUUGUUUGAAGAAAUAUGGAUAGAUUUGCCAACCUUGGCAAGUUCACCUGGAUGACCAUAGUCUGGGUUUAUACACAAUUAAUCUGAGUGGAUUUAGUGUAAAUAUAAAUCCAGGGUAUUGUGUAUAUGUUUCCUUAGUUCCUAUAAGUACAAACCCCUAUUCGAGGUAAUGUGUACCUGUGUCCUUAGUUCCUGUCGAUUAGAAGUCCGCCAAAUACAAUUGGGCGCAUGAAAUGAUCAUUGGAAGUUUUUGGACCAUCUUUGCUCACUACUUCGAAGCAACACUCCAUGGAAGUCUUCGGUCUUUGUUGACAAUUAAGUUUCUUCUUGUAGAGCUCAGACACUUAAAUACCAUUGAUGGUGUGUUACUAAGGAUAUAUAAGGGUCUUGAGGGAGUUAUAAGUGUGUGGAUAGUGAUUUACGUCUAAAAUAUCGUUGUACAGUAUGGUGUUGCAUUUCUCAGCAUAACUUAGCUGUGACAUUACCUGUUCUUGAUUAUAUUGUCAAUUAUGUGAAUUGCUGCCUUCAGCGCAA